GAUUAUAGACAUACAGUUUUUCCAUGCCCUGCGAGAAAAGAAUUGUGUGGCAGAUGCCCUAGUCAUAGAUGUUCUUCUUUGACGUUUUCCUACUGUUGGUGUUGAUUGUGCAGUAUUCCGUUGAGUUGUUCCUUUUGCAGGCUUGGUUUGUCGGUUAUACCAAUUCAGAUUUUUUUUUUAUUUUUUAUUGUCACCGAGAAAACAUAUAAUUACAAUAAAUAAUUAACUAUAUUAAUAAUUGGAAUAAAUCUGGAUCAACAUGAUUUAAAUAAUAUGAAAUCUCAAAUAUAAGGACACCUCACUUGUGUAAAAUGCACCAUAUAGAAUGUAGUUAGUUUAGACUUUUUCAACAUUUUUUUUUUUAAUUUUAUGUAAAUAUACAUUUGGUCUGACAAAAUAGAAGCAAUUACUUGCAUCGUUACAGCAACUAAAGACUUGGAUUCUGGUUUCCAACUUUUCUGUUUCACACAACGCAUUCACUAGCAACAGGAACUUGGCUAUAUAUAUACACACAUGGAGUUCAUAUUACGAAUAUCUCAAUCUCAGCUAACUCUCUUAGAAAUUCAGGAGAACUCCAAGAGUCAACACGAAGAAAGAACAGUACCCUUUUCCUUUGACAAUAUAGCAAUGGCGGGGCAAAGUUACGAACAGCGAAAGACAGGGACUGAGUCAGCUGCAGAGGCAUCCAAGGAGCUGAAGCGAAAGAAACGCAUGAAAUUGGUGGUAUACGCAGCAGCUUUCGCCAUUUUCCAGACUAUUGUCAUCUUGGUUUUUUCACUUACAGUGAUGCGUAUCAAGAACCCCAAGUUCAGGCUCACCUCUGUCACCGUCGAGGAUCUCACGGCAGCCCCCACCCCUGUUUCCUUCAACAUGAAACUCAGCGCCCAAGUUGCUGUCAAGAACACAAAUUUCGGCCACUUCAAAUUCGACAACACCACCAUUUGGUUCGAUUACGGGGGAGUUGGAGUUGGGGAAGCAUUUGUUGCAAGAGGAAGAAGUAAGGCAAGAUCCACAAAGAAGAUGAAUGUGACAGUGGAAUUGAACUCAAACAAUAUACCCAAUAAUUCAAGCUUGGAAAGUGAUAUUAAAGCAGGGUUUGUGGCACUGAUAUGCCAUUCCAAAUUGAGUGGGAAAGUGCAGUUGAUGAAAUUGAUCAAGAAAAAGAAAUCUGCAGAAUUGAGUUGCGCCAUGCUACUCAACAUGGAGACCAGAGUUGUCCAAGACAUCAACUGCCAAUGAAGUCGAGCUUUGCAAUAUCGUUACUCUACUACAAUAUUCUCACAGCGUUGACGCUUAUCUAGAACUAGGUAACAUUACAGGCAUAAACAAGUUGUAUUGAAAUUAUUUUUCAAACCAAAUCAAAAAAGUAGCGAAGACAUGUAUUUUGGUUACACGCAAGGCUCCAGCCUUGUUUAUUACUAAUGAGAAGUGUUGCUUAAAAAAA